ACAGGACAGGGAGCUAGGGAGAGAGAGGCAUGGGGCGAGGGCGAGCGCCGUGCUGCGCCAAGGUGGGGCUCAACAGGGGCUCCUGGACGCCGCAGGAGGACAUGCGCCUCAUGGCCUACAUACAGAAGCACGGCCACUCCAACUGGCGCGCGCUGCCCAAGCAAGCAGGUUUGCUGCGGUGCGGGAAAAGCUGCCGGCUGCGGUGGAUCAACUACCUGCGGCCGGACCUGAAGCGCGGCAACUUCACCGUCGAGGAGGAGGAGACCAUCAUACGGCUGCACGGCAUGCUCGGGAACAAGUGGUCUAAGAUCGCGGCGUGCCUGCCGGGGAGGACGGACAACGAGAUCAAGAACGUGUGGAACACGCACCUGAAGAAGAAGGCGGCGCUGCGGGAGCAGCAGAAGGCUGGCGCGGCCAAGAACGACGGGGCGGCGAGCGGCGGUGACGCCGGCACUCCCGUCACCGAUUCGUCCUCGGCGUCCUCCUCGACGACGACGACCAACAGCAGCUCCGGGGGCAGCGACUCCGGCGACCAGUGCGACACGAGCAAGGAGCCCGACGCGGUCCCCGUAUCUCCCCUCCAACUAGAAGACGUCGACGUCUCGGAGAUGCUGGUGGACGCGCCCGCGGCGGCGCAGCCAAUGCUGUCGGCAUCGUGCUCCUCGUCCUCCCUGACGACGUGCGCCGGCGGCGUGGAGGACCUGAUCGAGCUGCCGGUGAUCGACAUCGAGCCGGAUAUCUGGAGCAUCAUCGACGGCGAGUGCGCCGACGCCUCGGGCGCGCGGCGUGGCGAUGCGACAGCGCCGUGUACGGGCGCCGCCGUCAGCACCAGCGAGGCAGGGGAGGCGGCGAACGACUGGUGGUUGGAGAAUUUGGAGAAGGAACUAGGCCUGUGGGGCCCAGCGGAGGAUCCUCAGGCCCAGACCGACCUACUGGACCACACGGGCUUCGGCCCACUCGUCGACUCGGAGGGGGACCCAGUCUCUACCUACUUCCAGACUGGGCCCGACAAUGCUGCAGCUGAACUCCUCCUAGAUGUGGAACUCGAACUCGAACUCGAACUCGAACCCGAACCCGAACCGUCUGCCCUUCUGCUAUGAGCAUCGGAAAUCCAGAACACGGAACAAUCUGAUCGGACGGACAGGGUCAACCGGCAUACUACUAGUCUACUACCAUCAGCAACGGCUCGGCCAAGAGCAACGAACAGCUUUGGAGAUGUUCGAUGCAAAGCCGAGAGCCAUCUGAAAUAUCCCUAGGUCAAUGCACAUACAAAAAGGGCAAAUCCGUCCGAAAAGAGGCCAAGCUAGUAGUAGUGAAGAAACGAGCCAUCUUUUAGUAACAGUUUAACGCAGGUGUAGCAAAACUAGGGUUUGAUUGGCAUGGAACACGGCGGCGCUCCAGUGCUGAAGAGGCAACGGGAAGUGCGGUACGCCGGUCCGUGCUGCUUGGUUUGUGCAGCGUGCAUGCAGCAUGACGGCAUCGUGACGCCAGCGCUUGAUCAUCCGAGAGUCCUACCACUACCGACCAUGUAUGAUGAUGCCUUUUGUGGAUCAUCACCGGGCUCCUGAUCAUGCUUUGGAACCCCCUUUUGCUUUUGAUAAUGCGAUGCAACCUUUUCUGCUCUCUCUC